ACUCUGUGGUGUGUGUGUGCGUGUGCGUGUGCGUGGUGUGUCUCUCGGCCUGUUCGUCUGUCUGCCCCCUCCCUCCCUGUCUCGAAGAUGCGGUCAGCAGUGUAUUCCUGCAUUCUCGUGCUGGUGGAGGUGGUUGCAGCGUUCAGCCAGACAGUCGGUGGCGGCCCUGACCUGGGAUUCCACGCCGGGGCUCACUUCCGUCAAGAAAUUAAAGAAAAUGAUGGUCUGACGCGAGGGGAAUAUGGCUUUAGGACGCCCGACGGUUGCCUGCAUGUGGUAUCCUACGAGGCGCAUCCUGUGAGAGGCUACAGAGUCCUGGGCAGCAAUAAAAAGGAUUGCGGUUACGUCAUUACCACAAGACAACCACCAACCACGAGACGACCAGUUACAACUAGACAACCACCAACCACAAGACGACCACUAACCACGAGACCAACCAUCACUGAAAGGACAACCACCACCACAACGCCACGCCCCCUCAUCACCACGACCUCCACCACCGCCGUGCCUAAACUGCAGCCUAUCGUGGACAAUUCCAUCACAACAGAGGCGCCCCAGGCUAAGCAGUUGCAGCCUGGCCCAACAUUUAUCGAGGAGGAGGAAGAUGACACUGAGCCCAAGCCCUCGUACACCUUCGGCUACACCACGUCCACGCACGGCCACACGGAAUCCGGCCUCCCUGACGGCUCCAAGAAGGGCGAGUACUAUUGGGAUGGUCCUGAUGGCUACAGGCGCAUCGUUACCUAUGUAGCCAAUGAAAAUGGAUUCUAUCCCAAGUUACGAACAGUUAGGAUCCCAACCACCACAACUACCACCACUACCACCACCACCACCACCCCACCACCAGUUCCCGGACCAGUGGUGAGCAAGGACCUGCUGGGAGAACUACCGCCGCCAGCAGGAGGAUGUCCUUACUUCUUCUACUACAACACCAAAAUGAACUACCACUGGGAACGCUGCCUGGAGAAUCAUACCAAGGUCGGCGAGUACGGUCUCCUGGGCUCUGACGGCUACGUGCACAAGACAGAGUACCGGGCUGACAUCACCGGCUUCCAUCCCCGCCUCACCAAGACGCCGCUCACUCCACAGCAGGAGAACGUGGUGGCGGAGUACACAGAAGGAGCGUUCAUCAUCCCCAAGCCGGAUGAGGAACGACGAGACACGGAGAAGCGGAUCCUGGCCUGGCUUGACGAGAACCGGGAAUUAAUAGAACAACCGCUGAGGUGAACCGGACCCGGAUACAAACUUAUGCCCGGAUUCGAAGCCCCUCAUGCAUCUCGUUCCAUGUAAACUCCCCGCCAUUAAGCGCCUCAUCAUACCGCACAUCCUCCCUCCUUUUUAGAGUUAGCGUUUGUUAUGAUAUAUAUAGUGUUUUAUAGAGCAGUGUGUGUUUGUGCAGUGUUGUGUAGGCCGGUGUGUUGUUCAGUGCUUCAGUCCGAGGUUCAUUGGGGAGCCUCGGAGCAUUGUGAAGUGUUUUGUUUCUUAGUCAUUUUGGUUAGUGACUCAUUGUGUGUUCCUUGCUUUAAUUGUUGUACCGUGCAGGAUAUUGUGAGAAUUUAUUAAGUCUCUCUCUCUCUCUCUCUCUCUCUCUCU